AUGGAAGAUUUAUUUUCAGCUGAGAGGUUGCACGAUUUUUCCGUGAACGUGUACAAUAUAGAUCCCUCCCUCAAUCCACAUGCUAUUGCAAAACAAUGCUACUUCUACUCGGGCAAUGUGACGUCUCCUGUGGUCACAGUCACAGUGACCUGCACGAGGCCCGUUAAUGGCCGAUAUCUUCGUCUCACAGGGAAGAACAGAAGAGAUUAUGAUGAUGUGCUACCGUUCUGUGAAGUGCAAGUCUUUGGGGAUAAGCAAACACACUUCAGUUCAUAUCUGAACCAUGCUCUGCGGAAGCCAACAACUUCCAGUACUGUCGAAUAUCAAGGUCCAAGUGUCGCUGUUGAUGGCAAGAAUGGCACGCACUGGGAUUCUCUUAGUUGUUUCUCUGUAGACUUCUCCGAUCCUGAUCACUGGUGGCAAGUGGACCUUCAGUACCAGGUCUUAGUGAAGAUGAUCACUGUGUCAUCGAGGUCGGACUGCUGUCCUGAGAGGUUGCACGAUUUUUCCGUGGACGUGUACGAUAUAGAUCCCUCCCUCAAUCCACAUGCUAUUGCAAAACAAUGCUACUUCUACUCGGGCAAUGUGACGUCUCCUGGGGUCACAGUCACAGUGACCUGCACGAGGCCCGUUAAUGGCCGAUAUCUUCGUCUCACAGGGAAGAACAGAAGAGAUAAUGAAGAUGUGCUGCAGUUCUGUGAAGUGCAAGUCUUCGGGGAUAGGCAAACACACUUCAGGUCAUGCUCGACGCUCAAACUUCAGCGUGGUAAACGGUUCAGCAGUGCUUUCAUUCAGGAUCUACAGUCGGAUAUCGACGACCCCGCAGCUUGUGCCUCGGUCUGUGAAAGGGACAUCCGCUGCACCGGUUUCAACUUUAGGUUGACGGAACGUACAUGCCAGAUGGUGCAUGACACAGAGAUUGGGGCAGCGGUUGCUGAUGCUUCCUGGAACUGUUAUCAGUACGAACCAUGUUGGGUGCCUUGUCCUGCAGUUUAGCCACUGCCCAGUACAUAAGUGCUUCAUUAUCAUGUUGGGGGCGAUCGGGUAGCCUAGUGGCUAAAGCGUUCGCUCGUCACGCCGAAGACCCGGG